AUGUCACCAGAGGAGAUGGGCAUCGACACCAGUCGCCGCAACCCCAGCCCGCGGCCGCUGUCUGAUAACGAGCGUGCGCGCCUCGAGGAGUUCAUCGACUCUAUUCACUAUUCUACUCGCUAUUCCGAUAGUGAAUACGAGUACCGCCACGUCCAGCUGCCCAAGGCUAUGCUCAAGGCCAUUCCCUCCGACUACCACGAUAAGUCUAAAGGCACUUUGAAGCUCUUGUGGGAGGAGGAAUGGAGAGCCAUGGGCAUUACACAGAGUCUCGGUUGGGAACACUACGAGGUCCAUGAGCCAGAGCCUCAUAUUUUGUUGUUCAAGCGUCCCCUAAACUACCAGCCCCCUCAGUGCUGA